GUCGCUGCCAUGAUACUUGCUGCUGGCUCGAUUCAAUACCCCAGCUACGUGCCUACCCACUAUCAGACGUUCCUCCUCACGGUCUUCCUCAUGAUUAUCCACGGGGUCAUGUCCUCGCUGCCAACCAAGUGGCUCGCCCACCUCAACUCCGUCGGCUCAACCUUCAACUUUGUCGCUCUCGUCAUCGUCAUCAUACUUAUUCCGGCAGCCACAGAUCGCGAAUCGCGUGGCCUUUCUCGAUUUACCCCCUCCAGCGAAGUCUGGGGCACCAUCUACGAGGGCACUGCCUUUCCGCCGGGCGUCUCGGUUCUAAUGUCCUUCAUCAGUGUCAUCUGGACCAUGAGCGGUUACGACAGCCCCUUCCACCUCGCAGAGGAAUGCUCCAACGCCAACAUCGCCUCUCCUCGCGCUAUCGUCCUCACCUCCGCGACCGGCGGCAUCCUGGGCUGGUUCCUCCAACUCACCGUUGCGUACACCGUCGUCGAUAUCGCAAGCGUGCUCGAUUCGGACCUGGGCCAACCUUUCGCAGCUUACCUCAUGCAAUGUAUGCCCCAGAAGAUUGUCCUCGCUAUUCUGGCCCUGACUAUCAUUGCGGGAUUUUCCAUGGGGCAGGGCUGCAUGAUUGCGGCCAGUCGAGUCACCUUUGCCUAUGCACGCGAUGGCUGCUUCCCACUUUCACAGUACUGGCGCGUAGUCAACCCAGUCACCCAAACGCCCGUCAACGCCGUCUGGUUCAACUGUAUCAUCGGUAUCGUCCUCCUGCUUCUCAUCUUCGGCGGCGAAUUGGCCGUCGGCGCUCUCUUCUCCAUCGGUGCCAUCGCCUCGUUCGUCGCUUUUACGAUACCGAUAUUCAUCCGGGUGUGCUUCGUAGGGCAUCGCUUCCGACCCGGUCCGUGGAAUCUGGGUCGCUACUCUGCGCCGAUCGGUACCGUGGCCUGCGCGUUCGUCCUGCUCAUGGUCCCCAUCUUGUGUCUGCCGAGCGUGGUAGGCGCUGAUCUGACACCGGCCGACAUGAACUGGACGUGUCUUGUGUAUGGAGGACCGAUGUUGGCGGCGAUGGUAUGGUGGUUUGUGUCGGCUAGGAAGUGGUUCCAUGGGCCCAAGGUGAACGUUGAGCAUAUGAUGCUGGGGAGAGAGGGAAACGUGAUUGUUGGGGAGGGAGAAGAAAAGGAGACUGGGUCGGAUGUAGUUGUGGAGCCUAAUAGGGGGGUGACGAAGGAGGAGGUUGCGGCUGUGGGGACGGAGGUAAAAUGAACUGCCUAGUCCGAGUUAUCUUUCUGCAAAAAGAGUUUGUUGUAUAUAUGGGCCGCUGCAAUUCAGUAACGACAGGGAGAAUCGAUCACCAAGCCUUGAAAUUCGUUGUGCCUCCAAGCAAAACCAUAUAUUGGAUCCCCUAAGACCUUUCAUUUCCUCACGGAGCGUACCAAAGAAUGUCCUUCUCACCAUGACCAUUUGAAGCGAAUGACACAUUAAAUAUUACUGGAGUCCAUAUACCCCAGAGACAGCAAAAGAUCGUAGACAUCGUAAAGAAUGUGCGUGGGCGGUAGACUCAUCAUCCCAGUUCUCAGUCUCUGAGUUCUCUUCCGCUUCCCUCUUCCUCUUCCUCAAC